UUGAGCAUAUUCUGGCUAGACAUGACACUUUGCAUCGCUCAUUCUCGAACAACCUGUUCUCCUACUCUUGCUUUUUUUUCUUCCUCUUUUUUUUUUCCUUUUUUUUAAAAAAUUUCUUUUCAUUUUGAAAGACAAAUAUUGAAAAUGAUGCUCUAUAAACUUGUUGUUCUUGGUGACGGUGGUGUUGGAAAGACUGCGCUUACAAUUCAGCUUUGUUUAAACCAUUUUGUUGAGACUUAUGAUCCAACUAUUGAGGAUUCAUAUAGAAAGCAAGUAGUGAUUGAUGAUCAACCUUGUAUUUUAGAAGUAUUGGAUACAGCAGGACAAGAGGAAUAUACUGCAUUAAGAGAUCAGUGGAUAAGAGAUGGUGAAGGUUUCUUGCUUGUGUACUCAAUUACAUCUCGCUCGACGUAUGAUCGUAUUGAGCGUUUCCGUGAUCAAAUAUUUAGAGUGAAAGAUGUCGAUAACGUUCCUUUGAUGCUGGUCGGUAAUAAAUGUGACAAGGUAACAGAGCGAGAAGUCACUCGAGAAGAAGGUCAUGCUACUGCAAGAAGACUAGCUUGUGAUUUUAUUGAAACGUCUGCAAAGACAUGCGUCAAUGUAGAAAGAUCAUUUUAUCAGGUAGUCAAAGCCAUCCGAACUCAAAGAGAAGGAUCUAAUCCUGGACCCAAAGGCAAACCAAAGAAAGAAAAGAAGAGUAAAUGCUUAAUUUUGUAAAGACAAUAAAGUGACUUGAAAAGGAACCAUACUUGGCGAAUGACGUAUUUAAUUGAGGUUUUUCCGCCGAAAUUGAUCUACCACUUUUCUUUUUCCUUCUUUUUUUUUCUUUUAUUUAUAUCAUGGGAAAAGCACAAAGUAAACUUAGUCCUGAACAACUCACUGAC